CUCUGCACCUCCUCCAGCAGGGUGAGGAUUUAUGGGAGGAGAGCAGAGGACAGAGCCAUUGUGGAAGCAGGCAGAGGCAGACGGCAUCAUGUGGAGGCGCCCGCCGCUGCUGCUGCUGCUGCUGCUGGGACUCCUUCAGCCCUACGCUGGUGGAGCUGGAUUCACUGAGCGCUGCGUGUCAUCCAGUGACGACAGCAUCUACAACUACAAGGCCAGGACUCUGAAUGGAAGCCAAAGCGUGAGCUUCAAAGACUAUGAAGGAAGGACCGUCCUCUUCGUGAACGUUGCCACAUACUGAGGUCUCACCAUGCAGUAUGCGGAACUGAAUGCACUUCAGGAGGAGCUCGGCCAGUAUGGGUUCGCUAUCCUCGGGUUUCCCUGCAACCAGUUUGGGAAACAGGAACCUGGGAAAAACAGUGAAAUCCUACCUGGCAUCAAGCAUGUCAGACCGGGCAACAACUUUGUUCCCAACUUCCAGCUGUUUGAGAAGGGUGACGUCAACGGAAACGAGGAGCAGGAAUUUUACACCUUCCUGAAGAACUCGUGCCCACCAGUCGGAGACUCCUUCGGCAAUCCCAACAGAUUGUUCUGGGCUCCGAUGAAGCUCAACGACGUCAAGUGGAACUUUGAAAAAUUCCUGGUGGGGCCCGAGGGGAAGCCCCUGAUGAGGUGGCACCCCACCGUCAACAUUUCCAAAGUCAGAGCUGACAUCCGCAAACACUUGCUGGUUAGCUCCAUCAAGGGCGAGAUGGAUUAGCGAGCACGUGACGUGCGGUUCAGGUCCACGAAGGCGACAUGCUUCAUGAAGAGGAGGCUUGAAAACAGGCAACCUGUGGUGCCUCUUUGGAGCGUGAGGUUCUGGUCGGCUCUUCAGUGCAUUCGAGCCGCUCGGUAACCUCACGGCAUGUCGUCUUCUGCAGCCAGAGCUCUCACCCCUGAAACCAUUAACUUCAAAUAAAUCACUGCAAGCGUC